AUGGAGAACUCUUUCCUGUUUGACUGCGAGUCCCUGCUGGAGAAAUGUUAUGAUCCUGUGACCUACGAUCCAGCCUCCGACCCUGGUUACUUCAGCGCAGGCAGCAGCCUGUCUCCCACCUCGUCUGUGGACUCCUUUUCCUUCUCCCCCACCUCCCUCCAGGCUGCCGGAAAUGAACAAGACGCCUUGGACUGUCUCCUCUUCAGCAGCUCUGAAGCACCUCGUCUUACCCACGAGACACAGACUCUGCCCUGCUCCACCACAAAGAAAUCAAGGUCCAGGUAUCCGGGGAAGAAGCGCCAGACAGCCAGCGAGAGGGAGAAGCUGAGGAUGAGGGACCUGACCAAGGCAAUGCAUCACCUCAGGACAUACCUCCCACCCUCAGUGGCGCCCGCCGGCCAGACCCUGACCAAGAUCGAGACGCUACGCCUCACCAUCCGCUACAUCUCCUACCUGUCGGCCCAGCUGGGCCUCAGUGAGGAGGUGCUGGAGCAGAGGAGAUACUCGGGCUUCAUGGAGCAGCCCCAAACCCUCAACCAGUUCCUGGGUCAGCCAGCAGCCAGCUACAGCCCACAGGAAUCAAGCUGUAAUACCAUGAGCACAGCCCAGCUCUCCUCUCUGCAGCACGCAUAUCAGGUUUCUAGUGGAGAUUGCUUCAUCAGCGAGCAGUACUGGUCGCCACAGCAACAACUAGAAAAUGUCACAUUCUCUGGACAGUGCUGA